AUGGCGCUGCUGACACCCCAGGGAGCGAAAGAAGUCUUCCAGCUGCCGAGACAGAGAGGCCGAGGCCGGGAGCGCCUGCGAAGACUCCUGCACGGGGAGGAGCUAGGUGAGGCCCGGGCCGCUCGCAGGAGCAUUCUGCGGGACGCCCUCCAUGACAGCGUCCACUUCGCGGCGGGCAAAGGCUUCCCUUGGGUGGAGGUGGCGCGGGCAGUCCAGUUCACGGAGGAGCUGCUGGUGGAGACCACAGGCUGCUCCAUCACCGAGGCAGUGACGAUCCUGGGGAGCAAGCUCAGGGACUACCGGCGCCAGUUCAGCACCAGGCACCUGCUGGCCCUCUGCGACUACUUCCACAACACCUUCAUGCGCCACUACAGGCUCUACCAGUACGCCCUGGGCCGGGACCGGGGCGUCCAGCUGACCGCCACCCACCUGGAGGUGUGCACCCCGCCCCAGCCGCUGCCGCUGGCUCAGGGCACGCACAGGGACGGCUGGCACCACGAGCAGCAGGUGGCCGCGCUGCGGGCGGCGGCGACGCAGAAGCGCGACAGCGUGCGGCUCCUGAAGGAGGCGCUGCGCGCGGAGGAGGCGCGGCUGCUGGAGAAGGCGUUCGCGCGCGCUGGGGCCCGGGGGGACCCAGAGCCCUACUUCCCGCCUGUGUCCCCGCAGGCACUGGAGCAUCUCGUCCACGAGGCCAUUGGCAUCCAGAUCAAGUGCCUGGGGGAGCAGCUGCAGCUCAAGGUCCGGGCGGCUUUCGACAUCCUGGACCUGAGGCUCCAGAGGCGGAUGCUGAGUCUCAGUGCCCCCCACCCUUCCCGUCCCCCUGGCCCGGGCCAGCGGGGCCCGGAGGACUCCGUCAAGUCCCGCAAGGCCCAGAAAGGGAAGAAAGCCAGAGCGAAGUAGCCGAUGCCUCAGUGACCACAGCCCUCAGUGACUGGGAGGAGAGCUUUGGGGUGCACUCAGCACCCCACUGAUCAGAGGUUCUAUCUGUUAAAGGAAAGGAAGCCACGCACGUCCUCGGUCUGUCUUGGACACCGUCUCACACCCCUGCAGGUCCAAGCUGAUCAGAUUUGCACCCCACAGCGCAGGGCUUGCUAUUGGUGACCAAAGCCAGGCUCCGCUGAAGACAGGGCUGGUGGGGGUUCAAGCAGGGAGACUGAGGGGGAUCCCAGCCCCUGGCCGGCAGCCCCUCAGAACCACCGCCCCCCCCCACCUCCUCCUAACUAACACUGCUUAACCCAGGACGGCAGAGACUGGCUCGAGCCCUCCUUGCCAGUGCUUUGUGUCACUGCCCUGUGUCCCUUGCAUCCCGGGUCCCUGCUAGCCUUCCUGCAGGUGGUGGCCCAGGUUCCUGUCACUGUGACAUCUUAGGAGAGAGGCCAGCAAAAGUCUAUCAUCCCAUGUUCAUGCAGGUCACAAACCUGCUGAAGCUUCCCUCCCCCGCCCAAGGGACCCUAAGAUCGGGAGCCUUCUGUGACUCCAUCCCAGGCACAUGUCUCUCCUGCCAAUGGCUGCACAAGUUCUGUAGCUGUUGGCUUCAGCUGACGGCGGCCCCCAAACCAGGGCAUAAGGACCUUACCCCGUGCUGUCACUUCCCAAGUGCCCUGGCAAGCUUGUCCCCUGGUCACCCAUUUGUGUGGGGACCCAGCCUGGUCUGCCGGUCCAUCCACUUGGCACUGGCAGAGCCAUGGGAGGGUGCAGGUGCUCAGUGCUGGGCAGGGAGAAAUCAAUUCCUAUGGUGCCACCCUCAGAGCUGUGCUCCCACCUGGGAAGGCUGGGGUCUGGGUGAGGGCUUCAGCCACACAGCAAGUUCGAUGUUAGGAAACACUGCAGAGUGUGGGAGGACAACUGACAGAGAAGGACAGACUGAACCAGCAAUGUAAGGAAAACCUGACCUCCUGCCUCUGCCCUAAGAAGCAGAGAGAGACCACGCUGACUGAUUUCCACAGCCAUGUGGUGGCACUGGCUCAAGACAAGCAGAGGAGCCCUGCGGCUGAGGGGCAAGGGUGGAAGGGGGCUAGGGUGGGAAGUCACAGGGGCCAAGGUGAGGAGAAGGAGUAGGACCCUGGCCUGCUUGGGGCAGGAGUCUGAGCCAGAGGUUGUACACUCCAUGAGAGCCCCAGCUGCCUUGCCAUCUUGGGCUAUAGUCAGUGGCUGGGAAAACCCUAGCAAGGACACUGGGCUACCUUCCAGUGGACCCUGAGCUGGUACAGUUUCCACUCAGGCCUUGUACCCUGUGAAGGUGGGCGACCUUGAACAAGAGAGCAGCUGCUGUACAGGAUUAGCCUGGGACAUCCACUGGAGCCCAAGGAGAGAGGGGUCACAUGUUCUGGUUUCCCAUAUGGUCAUAUCCCAGGUGACACAGUUGUGCCUGUGCUGGGCCUACUUUAGCUUUUGCUGUCCCAGCCAAGCCUCUGUUGAGCAGAGGGCGAUUAAGACUGACGUGAGAGAAGACAGCUUCUUCAUCACAUACACUUGGGGUGUGUGCACCUCUCGGAGUGACAGCACGCGGGGGACCUCUCUGGGACCAGCUUGGGGCCUUCCCUGGGACAUGAGAUGCAGGCAGCCACAGCAGCUGAGAAGAGCCAGCGCCUCGCCCAGCUGGGCCCAAGAGAAGCACCUGGCAUCUCUGCUUGUGCCAGUGGCCCUGUGCCUGUCCACACCAGGCCACCAGACCGGACGGCACCAGCAGGAGGACAUGGAACCUGGGCGAGCCAGAACCGUGGGCACUGGAGCCACAGGAUUCAGCCCUCGCACAUGCGUGGUGAGCCCACAGAUGUGGACCUUGCUGUUUCUUCCCAUCCUUUUGCUGUUCAGUAAACCCUUUGGCAGCAGUAAGUUUGAUGAGGAGAAAGAAGCACGAGUUACCGUGACUUCUUUUCCAACAAGGCUAACGUGCAGAACGUGACCAUUUGUGCUAACUGUGCAUGGGAGAGUCCUAGCCAUGUCCCUGACUAUGGAGCAAGAAGGUGCCCAGAAGCGUGGGCAUCAACAGAAAACUCAGGUCCAGUAUCGGUCAGUGUCACCCACUCAGGAACAUGUCACAGGAGGAACAGCUCCCAAUAAUAUUAACUCUAUCAGAAAUUUCCUCAAAACUUUCAACACUAAAGAAGAAACUACUUGUUUUUGAGGUGAUAACACAAAUAUAAAUGCCGAUUUAUCUUAGCAUCUCAGUAAAAGCAAAAUUCUCUUUAUAUUAAAAAAACAAACACGAAUCCAUGGAGGUAGAGCAUGUGCAGAGCUAGUGGUGGGGCAUACAGAAGUCAUUCGUGUACCGGGGGACAAACAAAAUAGAGGACGGAAGAGAGGUGGAGGUGGUGAACAACCUCAAAUAACAGUGUGGGCUUCUCCCUCGAAGGUGCUGGGUGUGAGGGACAGCUGAUGUUACUCACCCAUGUCACGUGCACGAACUGACCAGUCAUUUGUAUGAGACACAGCGAGGCCCUGGGGACUCAGCAGCAGACAAGCCAGGCUGGGUCCCCACACCAACCAGCGAAUAAACAAGAUCCUCCCCGCUAUUGGGGAUGCACCAUAUGAAGGCCAUGGCAGGUAUGUAAACCUCCAAGGAACCUUGGGGUGCCAGUAACUUCACUGCCAAGGAUAUUAAGUGCCUGUUGUAUGCAAAAGACACAGUGAGUGCCCUAGGGGCAUAGUCUGGUGGACCUUGGCCCACUCCCUCCUUGGCCAAUGGGUGAGCUCCCUCCCCAAGGGGACCAAUCAUAAUACUCCACUUUCAUUGCCCCCAGUGAUUGGACCAGACAGAGGCACAUGACUCAAACUGGACCAGUCAAAGUACUGCAUCCUCACCCCAUCCACCACACCUCAUCAUGAUGGCCAAUCCAGGGAUUUUUCACCUUAAAGUUUCCCCAACCACUUCCUUUUGGAUUCUAGGAGGAGGUUCCAAACUGCAAGAAGGAAGACGCUGGCGAAGAGAAGCAAGGGAGGGAGAGAGAGGAGAGAGAUUGGGCCCUUAAUCCAACCACCCUGGGGGAGCUCCACCCUGCCAGGCAGUGGUUUGGCUCCGUGAGCCACCCUGCAACACCCAUUACUUCUCUGAAGUCAGAGAGAUGGGACGGGCAGGGAAGGCUUCAACAGGACGGAUGAGGAAACUGAGGCUCAGGCAGGUGGAAUGAUUGCACAAGGUCAUUUGACUAAUAGAGGGUGAAGCUGAGUCAGAAGCAGCCAAGCCUCUUACCUGCCUAGAUGAGAGCCCUUCCGUCCCCUCCCUGCCUCCAGGAGGCCUGACUUGGUGCACAGGGGACUGAAGUUCACAUCCUGCAUAGCCACAGUCCAGCUGGGCAGAGAGGAACACAUGGGACAGGCCCAGGCACCCCAGGGCCUCUGCCCCUCCCUCCCAGGAAGAGACAUUUCCUCCCCAGCACAACAGCGCCCAGGGCCGGUUCCCAGCACUCUGGGGCAGCCCAGCCAAGCCGCUGAGUCACCCUCAGCCCUCUGGCGAGUCACUUCCCUCCUGGGCACCUGGGGGACUGAAAGUGGCCAUCUCUGGGUCCUGGACAUUGCCAGUGGGCCUUUCCCAGCAGGGCUGACCAGUGCUGCCUGAGAGGAGGGGCCCGGAUGGCCACAGGGGACAGGGCCUUUGACAGAAGGCCAGGACGGCCUGCUUUGCCCUCCCUAGAGGACCAGCAGGGGUGUGGCUGUGCAGGACUCAGCAGCUGCUCUUUUAGGGCAAAACUGAGGGCUUGGGGGUGGAGCUGGGGUCUGGUGACUGUUGAGUGGAAGAGGGUGCUGUAGAAAGGUCCCCUCAGGACAUGCGGCAGCCACCGGAAGCCAUGCAUGGAGGGAUACAGAAGGACAUUCAAGCCACAUGUUCACUUUUUUAAAA